UUUCAAAAUGGCGGCAAGUAUGAUUGGAGAAAGUUUGGAAUCAAAUUCCUUGUCCGAAAAAGACAGCUUAUCGUUUGAAAAGCAGGAGGAAAGCGAGGGAAGACGCAUGGUGCUCUUUAGGAAAGUGAUGAAGAAAUGUUUGGACAAAAUUAUGGCUGCUGGAAGUCAGGAAAAGUUUGCCAACUGCUUCUCUGCAAUGAGAGAUAGAAACCCAGCUGAGUUUAAGAGUAUCACGGAACAACUGAUGGAGCAUCUGCAGAAUAACAUCGAGAAAGAAAUCGAUUUGAUGAUUAAACAGGAAGAUCUAGUACAUUUCUUUAAUGAGCUUGAUCGUAUUGUGGCAGCCUCUAAUACAGAAGAUUCACAACCUGCAUGGAGGCCCUCAGGAAACCCAGACAAAGAUGUUAUUGAUCAUGUCAUGCAAGUCAAGUUAGCCUACAAAGAGCAGCUGAAGCAUAUCCUUCAACAGGUUGAAAAUGAAAACGAAAAGCUAAAGGAUGAAGUUUUACCAAAGCGAGAAAAAUUACUGGAGAGUGAAAGACGUAUAAAUGAAAAGACAAAUGACUUUGGAGAGGCAGCUGAUUACUGCAUAGAAAACAACUCAGCAGUCAGUUCUUCUCUCAACUUGAUAAAGAACAUAAUGUAGUAAACUCUGAAAUGACCAAAGAUCUUCAUGAUUACAUUUCAGCACUGUAAAUAUGUGUUAUUAACAGUAGGUGUUUUAGGAAACAUUAUGUAAUUCUUAUACCUGAAGUUGCAAAUACUGAAAAUAAAGUGAGGUGUAAAUACA